AUGAUAACUUUUUUUGCAAUUUACAAUUUAUGGCAAAGAUUUGAGGCUGCAUCGGAAAACAAUAAUAAUUAUAGAAUUAAUAAUGACGUGGACCGUGGCCCUUUCGACAAACCGACCAAAAUCGUAGAAGACAAUUAUGUGACUGAUAUUAUAGAAGAUGACGAAACCCCUAGGUCGAUUCUUGAUGAAUUUACAGGUGAGUUAAUAAAUAAAAACGAAGAAAGAGAAGAUGAAAAGAAAGAAGUGUAUAGCGAGCCGACACUUCAGAAUAAUUUAAUAGAACGUAGUCUCACUCCGCAGCCUAGCACGUCAAAACAAGUCACAUAUUCGACGGUUUCCAUAAUUUCUAAUGUAUCUCUAACUGAAUACUUGAAACAAAACUUACCAUUAUCACCUAAGCGACAAGGAAAGCGCCAAAUAGAAAGACUGCCAUUUGCUUUAACUUCAGACCAAUACGUGGAAAGAAUAAAAGCAAAACAGUUAAAAAAGAUUGAAGAAGAAGCUGCAAAAGAGGAAAGAAAGAGACUAAGAGAAGAAAAGAAGAAGGAAAAAGAAAACAGUAUACCUAAGAAGAAAAUCAAGAAAAAAAGUGAUGGAAAAAGCAAAACAAAGAUAAUUGAAGAAGAUAUAUGCAAAGAAAAUACUGAAAAUACAUAUGAGGUUAAUGAACAAAAAAGUUUUUUGUGA